CGAACCAUGAGCUUCAAGUUGAGUCAAUUGUUUGCUACCGUGCUGUUAAAAGAAUAAUAUUAAAAGCGAGAGAGGAAUGUUUUCCUUCAAGCUUGAUAUUAUCUUUAGCUAUUUUAUCUCGAUUCCUUCUCGAGUCCAUUUAUUUUUUUCAAGUUUCACAAUUUCCGUUGCACAAUUACCGUUUUGCUGUUUUGCGGUGAACGUGUUUUUGCAAGCCUAGGUUUUACCUGGUCGCCUGGUAGGAGAAUGUCGGUUUCGCUUAAUCAAACGCGAGAUAUAUCGACGUACGCCAACUUUGGUGAAAAGGUGAGAGAUAUGACGAGCCGUUUAUGGAGAGCCUUGUCGCGGAGGCGCAUCGAGGAGAACGAAGAUACGAAAGAGGAGCGAUUGGCACGAGUCCUUGGAUUGUUCGACCUGACCGCGCUCGGCGUGGGGGCGACUCUCGGCCUAGGUGUCUACGUUCUCGCUGGAAGCGUCGCCAAAGAGACGGCUGGACCUGCCGUUUCCAUCUCUUUCCUCAUAGCCGCUGUCGCGUCUGCUUUCGCGGGCAUGUGUUACGCGGAAUUCGCGUCGAGAGUGCCGAAAGCCGGAUCAGCGUACGUUUAUAGUUACGUAACGGUAGGCGAGUUUAUCGCUUUUGUCAUAGGGUGGAACUUGAUCCUGGAAUAUGUAAUUGGUGAGCACGCGAGAGCAAUCUCGCUCAGUCAGAUUUAGAGAAUAGCAAGGUCGCAACGUAAGGAUGUUGCAGGUACAGCGAGUGUCGCUCGAGGUCUCAGCAGUUAUAUCGACGCGUUGAUAGGAAAUGUCAUGGGUAACGCUCUACGCUCCCUCAUGCCUAUCGACGUUUCUUUCCUGUCGGAGUAUCCCGACUUUUUCGCUUUCGCGAUGGUCAUGUUGCUAGUGAUCUUACUGUGCGUGGGAGUGAAGGAGUCGUCCAUCCUGAACAACGUCUUUACCGUAAUAAACUUGUUAACUAUCACGAUCGUCAUCGUCGCAGGCUCGAUAAAGGCGGAUCCGUCCAACUGGUCGAUCGCGCCCCAAGAUAUUCCAAAUUCCGUGAAACACGGAGGGGCCGGUGGGUUCAUGCCGUUCGGUGUCAACGGAGUGAUGAUCGGGGCGGCCAAGUGCUUUUACGGAUUCGUGGGAUUCGACGCGGUCGCUACCACUGGCGAGGAAGCCAAGGAUCCUCAACGUCACAUUCCUCUAGCGAUCGCGUUAUCUCUGAUCGUCAUAUUUCUGGCGUACUUUGGAGUCUCCACGGUCUUAACGAUGAUGCUGCCGUAUUACGCUCAGAGUGCGGACGCGCCCUUCCCGCACGCCUUCGACGAGAUCGGCUGGCCCGUCGUCAAAUGGAUCGUCAACAUAGGCGCGAUAUUCGCGCUCUGCACCAGUCUCUUGGGCGCUAUGUUUCCUUUACCGCGCGUACUAUACGCCAUGGCUAGCGACGGCAUAAUAUUUAAGGCUCUCUCCAAAGUGCAUCCUAAAACUAUGACGCCUGUUUAUGGCACGGUGCUCUCUGGUCUACUUAGCGGCCUCAUGACACUCAUCUUCAAUCUGCACCAAUUGAUCGACAUGAUGUCUAUCGGGACUCUACUCGCGUAUACGAUAGUCGCGAUAUGCGUCUUGAUAUUAAGAUAUCAAAAGGAGGGAAACUCGAACAACACUCCGGCGACACUGGACGAUUACCAAUUUACUUUAUCGCUAUAUAAUAUAUUUAAGCAAUUAUUCAAUUUGCACAAUCGGAAGGAACCCACGGAACUUUCCAGCAGGAUCGCAAAUGUCGGCAUUGUCUUGCUCUGUGUCGUUAUAUGUAUCAUCACAUUUCUGAUUAGUAACAUGGGCACGCACCUGUUCGCAGGAAAUGUCGCGAUAUCUGUCAUUCUAGCUGUACUCGUGAUUGUACUUUUCUUGAAUUUAGCAGCGGUUGGUAGGCAACCGGUGCAGGAGGCUGCUCAAUUGUCUUUCAAGGUGCCCCUUGUCCCGCUUAUCCCAUGUCUCAGUAUUUUUAUGAACGUGUAUCUAAUGUUCCAACUAGACGUCUUUACAUGGAUUAGAUUCGCCACUUGGUUGCUGAUCGGCUUAUGCAUUUAUGGCUUUUAUGGAAUUAUUCAUAGUGAGCAAGGGAAAAGAGAUAAGGCGGAAAACGAAAAGCUGCAACUAAAAUGCGUCGAAAAGUUUAGGAUAGUGGCAUCAUUUUGAUGUCCAAAUUUCUCGUCAAUUAUAACGUUUAACAUUCGUUUUAAUAUUCACAAGAGUAAUAAUAAAUUGUGCGUGCGUGUGUACAUAUAUCCAUAUUUAUAUAUACUUAAACACGCACACACAUCAACAAGUCUACAAUUACAGUUUUUCCACUUCAAUUAACUCUUUUUAUGAAUUCUGAAUCAAUGUCUCUAGCAAGAAUGAAUAAUUGAGCAUCAUUCUUUUAAGUUUUCCGAUUAUAUUUAGACAAUGAUAAUAAUAUAAUAUAGCCGUAGCAAUAAUACAACAAUAAUACAACAACGAUGUUAGAUGAUAAAGACAGUUUUUAUUGUGAUAUUUAUUUAUAAAAUAAAAUUAGGUUGCAAACUUUAUAUUGAUAAAAUAAUGAACAAAAUACUUUUAGGUAUACAAUAAUGUUUUUAAUACAUUGGCAAUGUACAUAUUAUUCAUACAUCAUUUUACUAAAAUGUUUUACUACGUACUUUACAUCUAUAAUUUAACCAAAUAUUAUUUUAUAAUUAAUUAGGUAUAUGUAAGAAAAAAUAAAAUUAUUAACUAUUGUCCAGCAAGUUUUAUCAGUAACAUAUCAUACACGAGUACAUUGAUUAUAAUAUAGAUUAGCAAAGGUAGCUCUCGAGUAUCAUCCAAUAAAUACUGUUACACUUAUCGGAAUGUUUACACAAUCACAGAAUAAUACUUUUAACUUAUUGUACAUUUCUAAGCAUUUUGUGCUGUUUCGCUAGUCAUAGAUGCUAUUAUAUUUAUCCGUUUGUUAUUAUUAUCAUCCUAGAUGUACUAGAAAAAUAACAAAAUGUUUACGCAAUGAUAUUGUUAGUUUAUCGUGUAAAUAUACUUUGAUGCAAAUUGUAACUCAACAAGUAAUUUAAA